GACAUGGUACGCACCACACACCACGUUCAACCAGAGAAAAAAACAGAGUAUCCGCGUCCCCCGUGUGAUGUGUGAACCUUCCUCUUCCCGCUACGCGCUUUCUCCUGGGACCCCUUCCCCUCAUUCCACCACCACACUCCUCCUCCGCUUACACCAGCGCCACCGCCACCGCCACCGCCACUGCCACCAUCCCCUCCCCGAUUGCCCUCACCUCUCUCUCUUUUUCUUUUUUUUUUUUCUCUCUAUGCAGUUUCACCGUGGAACAUCUAUUCAGAUGCAGCCAAAUUAAGAUUUGGAUGGAUAGAUGACUCUGCUCUUGGAUUUUUCUCAUUCAUUGCUAUUUAUUGUUGUUGUUGUUUCUCCUCUUUGUUCAUCUUCACAUCUCCGCCUUCUUCUUCUUCUUCUUCUUCUUCUUCUUCUUCGUCUUGCUAUUUCGCAUGUUGGUUGUCGUGGACCUUCCUCUUCUUCCCGAUCGCCCCCACCGCACCGCCACCAUCAACCCGCCGUAGCUCUGUUCUUCAAUAAUGUCGCAGAAGCGGCAGCAGGAGGAUGCCAGGGUUCGAUCUGAAGGUAGCACUACUCCUGAGGACAAGCGUAGAAGGUUUCCUAGUGUCCUUACGGAAGUGAUGAAGUUGCAGCAUUUGCUAGAGCCAACUCUCGAGCCAUUGAUUCGUAGAGUGGUAAAAGAGGAAGUUGAAUUGGCUCUACGAAAGCAUCUAAAUAACAUGACGCGGAAUUGUGGGGAAGAGAUACAUGCUUCUGAAUCAAGAAGCUUAAAACUACAGUUCGCAAGCAGUCUAUCUCUUCCAGUUUUCACUGGAACUCGAAUUGAAGGAGAAGAAUGUUCCACCAUGAAAGUAGCUUUAGUUGAUGCAGUUACUGGGCAUAUUGUUGACUUCGGGCCUGAAGCUUCUGUAAAGGUGGAAAUAGUUGUUCUUGAGGGAGAUUUUGAUGGCGAUGAAGAAGAUAAUUGGACACUAGAGGAGUUUAAAAACAAUAUUGUUAGGGAAAGGGAUGGAAAGAAACCACUUCUUACAGGGGAUGUGUUUCUGAAUCUUAAGGAGGGCAUUGGUUUUGUGGGUGAGAUCUCUUUCACUGAUAAUUCAAGCUGGACAAGGAGCCGUAAAUUUAGGCUAGGAGCAAGAGUUGUUGAUUACUCUAAUGGAACUAGAAUAAGAGAAGCGAAGACUGAAUCGUUCAUUGUCAGGGAUCAUAGAGGAGAAUUGUACAAGAAACACCAUCCUCCAUCUUUACUUGAUGAAGUGUGGCGAUUAGAGAAGAUUGGCAAAGAUGGAGCUUUUCAUAAGCGUUUGAGUAGAGAAAACAUCAAUACUGUGAAGGAUUUUCUGACUCUACUCUUUUUAGACCCUUCAAGGCUCCGUAAUAUCCUUGGAACAGGUAUGUCUGCUAAGAUGUGGGAAGUCACUGUGGACCAUGCUCGGACUUGCAUGGUUGAUAAGAGGUUGUAUGUAUACCAUCCUCUCAAUUCUCAACAAAAAUCUAGUGUGGUCUUCAAUAUUGUUGGACAAGUGAUGGGAUUGCUUUCAGAAAGCCAAUUUGUUCCCAUAGAUAAGCUGUCUGAAACUGAAAAAGCGGAUGCCCAGAAUUUGGUAUUAUUGGCAUUUGAACACUGGGCAGAGGUUGUUUCCUAUGAUGAUGAGACCUCUAUUUUGAGUAGCACUUCAAAUACAUCUAAUGUUCUUUACCGAUCAGGCUCGCCUGGGAUGGAGAGUUCUAAUGGUACUAAGUUAUUGACAUCUCCCAAGAUUGGCAGAUUUGAUUAUACACAACCAGUUGUAUCUUCUCCAGACAUAGUUUCUUCCAUCUAUUCCAUUGGGUGUGGGAGUAGCUUGGAUGAUUAUCCUCUGCACGGUAUUGGCAGCCUGGAUCUUGGAUAUGAUAAUCACCCUCUUGGUUUCACUGGUCAAGUUGCCAACUCCUUGAUCUGUGAUACAGAAUCCAUGACUCAAGCCUUUUGUGAUGAUCAUCUACAGUUUUUGGAAGCUGAUUGUUCCCUUCAGUGCCAGACUCCCAGUCUGGAAUCACAGGCUGAUCUACAAAGUGCUGUCAAUGGCUUCCUGUAUUCCCGUUCUACAGCCGUUGCCCAUGCUCAGAGGAGAUGGAGAAAGCUAUUCAACGUUCUUCGAUGGUUCUCAAUAAGAAAAGCUGUGAAUUCAAGAAAGCAGAAAAACCGUGUUCAAGAAAUGCACAGAUACAAUUUAGAGGCUUUACAAAAAAUGAUUUGAUCUUGAAUCUCAAAUACCACAUUGGUUGGUGCUGCCCGAUCCAAGUUUGUGUGCAGUUGUAGGGUAGGAAAGCUGGAGGUUUUGUUAGUAUGGGAUGUAAAUACUACUGGUAGCUUGAAAAUGUUUGGUUUUGUUCGCAAUAUAUCGGAGAAAGCCUUCUUUUCAUAUGAAAAUGUAAAUGUGGAUGUCUUUUACAGAAUUAGGCUGGUUUUGAGUUGUGGGAAUGCUUCAGUUGAAACUCAGAAGUGAGGCUAUAAAAUUAGAAUGCUUAUAAAACGCAUGGGCUUUAUGUGAAAAUAUCAUUUGUACAAGCGCAUUUGUUGAAUAAAAAUUGUUAGAAAAA